CAAUCACAACAUGCCAUUGACUCCGACCAUGAAUCCACAAGUCCUUUCCAACUGGGUCAACAAUAAGCCUGUAGUUGCUGCUAAUCCGGCUGUGAAUGAUACUUUAUGCUUUCUUCCUGUCACCAGUCCUGCUACUGGCAGUGUGAUUGCCCAUGUGCCGCUCUCUACAGUUGAAGACGUCGAUGCUGCUGUUCUGUCUGCUCAAACAUCUUAUGAAUCUUGGAGUUCUCGAACUGUCAAGGACAGAGUCCAGAUUCUUGUCAGGUUUCACCAGCUUGUAAUUAAACAUAGCAAGAAACUUGCAGAGCUAAUUAUGCUUGAACAUGGCAAGACAUUUACCGAAGCUAUGGGAGAAAUCUCUAAAGGCAACGAGACCGUCGAGUAUGCCAUGUCGAUGCCUCAAGUCUCUCAAGGAAAAAUACUCGAGGUAUCUCGUGGAGUUCAUUGCCAUGAUGUUCGUAAACCGCUUGGUGUGGUCGUGUCCAUCGUGCCAUUUAACUUUCCAUUCAUGGUACCCAUGUGGACGCUUCCAAUUGCAAUUGCAUCUGGUAAUUCUAUGGUAAUUAAACCAUCCGAAAAAGUUCCAUUGACCAUGUCAUUUACUAUGGAGUUACUCAAGGAGGCUGGACUUCCCGACGGUGUCGUCAAUCUUGUACAUGGAACUGCUCGAGUCGUGAAUCAGCUUGUUGAUCAUCCAUGUGUCAAGGCAGUGACAUUUGUUGGCACUUCACUUGUUGCCGAGCUGAUCUACAAGCGUGGCAGUAAUUUAAACAAACGUGUUCUGGCUCUUGGUGGUGCAAAAAACCAUCUAGUCGCCUAUCCAGAUAGAAAUCUUGAUAUGGCCGCCAACGACAUUGUCGCAUCGUUUACUGGGUGCGCAGGUCAGCGAUGUAUGGCUGCAUCAGUUCUCCUUACAAUUGGAGUACAGUCUGACCUUGUUGCAGCAAUCGUGAAAAAGGCAUCAGCACUCAAACCAGGCCAGGCAGAAGGGUGUUCAGAAAUCAUGGGUCCUGUGAUUGACAAGGCAUCUUAUACCAAGAUUUCAUCAUACAUUCAAAAAAGUAUUGAUUCUGGUGCUCAGAUCCUUAUUGACGGUCGUACGGGACAAUGGGAUCCUCAAUCUCCAGAUGCAAAACUUCCACACCCAUCCAUGUCAAGCGGAUUUUGGCUUGGACCAACCAUCAUCUUACAUAAAACAAAAACCGAUGCUGCUCUUCAUGACGAAAUAUUUGGUCCAGUUCUUAGUAUAUAUCAAGUUGCCACCAAAGAAGAAGCUAUUCAAAUUGAAAACGAGAGUCCUUACGGUAACGCAGCAUGUAUUUACACCAAAGAUGGAGGAGUCGCUGAGUGGUUUGUCAAGAGGUUUAUGGCAGGGAUGGUUGGAGUAAACAUUGGAGUUCCUGUACCAAGAGAACCUUUUUCGUUUGGAGGAAUUGGCAAGUCGCGGUUUGGAUGGGGCGAUAUCACUGGUGACUCUGCUAUUGAAUUUUUUACCGAGAGACGCAAGGUGACCACCAAAUGGACUCUUCCUACCGAACAAUCGUGGAUGUCUUGAUUAUAUACAACCCAUUGGUUUUAGUUUUCAAUCAAAUUUUGAUUUUUGAAUAUGAAUCUAUCUUGGGCAGGCUUUUUCACCAUAGCAUGCCAUUACAACCCUAUUCACGUAAAAUGAAGCAAAUGAUUCUAGUUG